GAACCCGCAUAUAGCAGAUUGAAACAUUACCUUCUCGCAGUUUGCUUAUUCGAUCUGCUCGAACUUGUCUGAGAAAAAUGAACAUCUUUGUUCUGACUUUCCUGGUCGGCUUGCAGUCAUUUACAUGGGCCUACUUUACUGAAGGGCCAUUAUUCCAAGGUGCAACUUCUUUUACCUUCGAAAUUUUGACGACGACGCUGAUCAAACCGACUCCUUGUUACGUUACGUCCGCUUCGGUAUCUCAAUGUCGAAGAAAGCGAGGAGUAGAAGAAAAACCGCGAAUCAUUUCCUUCGAUGACGACCUCGACAUUGCACCAUCAGCUGUUAUCGGGAUUGAAACUACACGUGCUCCACGUUUGACAACGAAACGAUAUAAUUCGGAAACAGUUCGCAGUUCGUUCGACAACUCGUAUUCCGCCUCGGUUAACAUUUUCCGACAACUUGCUGCUAAACAUCGUAGCAAUAAAAUCACAGUCGGUGAUUGUGGGUUGUCUACUGUCAAUCUUAGUCAGUUCCUUUCCUGUUUGGGCAUGACUCUUCAAGAAACAACAACAUUGACGGCCACCUUUAGACAAACUGAAACCUUGUCUUCCGGUUAUACUACAAUGACCGUGUUGGGUUGUACCCCAACAGCUUUCCCCUACACUUAUUGUCCAGCAACUGCGUCUGUUAGAGAAAUUUCGUACUCUGUCACACAUUAUGGACCGCCGUUGAAAAGAAUUGCCGGAUCAGCCACUGCACAGUCGUCGUUGACAGCUUCCAGGUCGACCGGAACAAUCAAUAAGGAAAAACGUGUUGAAUCGAAGAUCUAUCAAAUCAAAAUGAUUUGAUAAUUAAAGUAGUCCAGGAUGAAUCUCUCGUUUUACUACGGCGAAAACGAUGACUAACGAUGGCAUCUAUGGUAUUCCUAAUGUUUAAACUAUUUCGUUGCCUUAUUAUUUGCUCUAAAGGAGAUGCCUCAUUUGGUCUUUGCUUAAACUUGUUUCCCUAAUCUUUUGGUGGGGUUCUCCUUAACUGCUUGAGUUCAGGUAACUUUAUAAUCAAUAAAAUGACAUGUUUACACACUUUAGUUUGCUUCUGUCCAAAUAUAUAUGUAUACUGUACAUGAAUAUGUCUGUAUAUAUAUAGAGUUAUCUAGGAAUUGUUGUACUACAACAAGCGAGACAAAAAGGCAGAAUGGUGCUCCCGGGAUGCCAGUUCUUGGGGUUGAGUAACAAUGAUAGAUGCAAAAUCUCCACCCAGUUUAUUUUAUGGACCGUCAAUUCAGAUAUUAAGCUACUUGGAUUCACUGUUUUUCCAGCUGAUUGGAAUCAACUUAAUGGUAUAUUGUUUUAUUUUAUUUAUGUUGCAUUAGUUAUGCAAACAAGCUUAUUGUAAUAAUUUUGCAUUACUCUAAAAAGUUUGAAGAAACUUAAGUGUACACCAAUCCUUUUUUC